AUGAACUCCUAUGAAAAUAUAAAAAAAAUUUUUGAUAUUUUCUAAAAACAGCUUAAUCAUAAUUAAAAGACCACUGGAAAUGCUUUUACAACAGAAAAUGUUGGAGCAGGACUUUAACUGACUUCAAAAUGGUUUAACAUUCCCAAUGAAUUGAUUAAUUUUGAACUCUGGAAUUAUUGAAGAUCGUGAUUAUUUAAGAUUGGAAACAAGCUAAAUGCUUCAGUAACAACAGUUCGGUCCUCAAAAGUGCAGGAAGUUUAUAUAUUUCACUUUGAUCUAUAUUUUUAAGGUUUGCAGAGUUUGAUCUAUAAUUUUCUGAAUUAAUUUGCUCUGUAGAGGUGGAAGAUUGUGGAGAAUUCUUAAACUAUCAGUCCAAAAUUAUCAGUUAUUUUGACUUGAUUUUUUUUAAAUAAAUAUUUGCAUCUUUCUUAAUAGCCUAAAUCUUAUAUAUCUAUUAAACUCUUUUAUUAAUUUGAACAUCUUUCCACCAAGGGACUCCAGAUGGAAAUUAGCCUGUGGCUAUAAUCUGUCAUGUUUACAUUGGUUUUAAUGCUCAUUACUAUGCAUCAUCUUUCUUAAUAGCCUAAAUCUUAUUUUCUUUCCAGGACUUGACUGGAACUCAGCACGAAACAGGUAAAGAGCAGGGAUUCAGAGUCCCUUGAUCCUGCACAGGGGUCGGUCUUUUCUCCUGAAAGGACAACCCUUUUAUGAUUUCCUCUCCGGAUUUGAAUGGGAUCUUGAUAGCAUCGUUGCGCGUGCCGUGCGUCCUUGGCUGCGCGCUGGAGUUGGGAGUUAAGGUCAGACCCCUCCCCGGAGGGAGGUGCGCGCGGCUCUCCGAUGCGCGGAUAAAGGCGGAGACCACCGCAACCUGCAGCCACGCAAACUCUCAGCAGAGGAAAACUACAGACUCUCACGCAUCCUUCCUUUCUUUCUUUUAUUUUUUUUUUGAGGAGGGGAUCUCACAAUCUCAUUCACCAGAAAACUUCUGACAUUUGUGGUGGAUGAAGAGAAUGAUCCUCCUCUGGCAGACUGCAGAAAAUGAACGCCUCUCUUUAUGAAUCCGCUCUAACCAUGUAUCACCUGCUGGAGGACGAGCAAGCCAACAUCAGCUGCAACUUCUCCUCCUAUAACUGGACCAGCUGCGAUGUCCUGCAGCUCCCAACGUUCUCCACGGCGGCCAAAGUCAGGGUGAUCAUCACCUUCAUUCUUUGCGGCUUUUCGGCCUUUUUUAACCUGGCCGUGCUGUGGGCGGCGCAGAGUGACGGGAAGCGAAAGUCCCACGUCAAGGUGCUGAUCAUCAACCUGACGGUGGCAGAUCUGCUGGUGACCUUCAUCGUGAUGCCUCUGGAUGCCGUGUGGAACAUCACGGUUCAGUGGCUGGCCGGGGAUUUUGCCUGCAGGUUAUUAAUGUUUCUGAAGCUUCAGGCAAUGUACUCCUGCGCGUUUGUCACCGUGGUGAUCAGUCUGGACCGACAGUCAGCCAUCCUCGACCCUCUGGCUAUCAAUAAAGCCAGGAUGAGGAACAGAGUCAUGCUGAUAGCGGCGUGGGCGAUGAGUGUGAUCCUCUCAGUCCCUCAGAUUUUCCUCUUCCACAAUGUGACCAUCAUCUAUCCUGAGGAGUUCACUCAAUGUGCCACUCGGGGAAGUUUUGUCAGUCACAGGCAUGAAACAGCCUACAACAUGUUCACGUUUGCCUGCCUGUUCCUGCUGCCGCUGGUCAUCAUGAUCACCUGCUACACCAGGAUCUUCUGUGAGAUCUCCAAACGACUGAAAAGAGACAACUUGCCCUCCAGCGAGCUACACCUGCGCUGCUCCAAGAACAACAUCCCUAAAGCCCGGAUGAGAACGCUAAAAAUGAGCAUUGUGAUCGUCUCCUCUUUCAUCAUCUGCUGGACGCCGUACUACCUGCUGGGCUUGUGGUACUGGUUCUUUCCUGAUGACCUGGAGGGAAAAGUGUCCCACUCCUUGACCCACAUUUUGUUCAUCUUCGGGCUGCUCAAUGCCUGCCUGGACCCCGUGAUCUACGGCUUGUUCACCAUUCACUUUCGAAAGAAGCUCCGGCGGUUUUAUGGCACCACUGCGGAGGCAACAGACGCUGACAUCAACACCGUGGUGACGGGAUCCUUUACUUGUGCUGCGAGCUCUCUGUCACUAAAAAGAGAGUUCUGGCAUCGGAGUCAGGAGAGACUCGUUCUGCACAGAGACAACCACAGCAAAGCAGACCUACCAUCACCCAAAGGGAACCUUCUGCUAGCUGACAGCAGGGCAGCAAAGUCUUUCAACCAGUCCAGCUGUGAAAGCAUCCUAUGAGAGGUGAAAGAGGCUUUUGAUACUGGGAUUAUCAUUUUGUUAUAUGGUGAUAGAGUCUGAUGUAUAGCUUCAAGUCUACAACUUAAAGACUUUUCACACCUGCGUACAAAGCACAGAGCCAACCAGUGGCGGAUUUAGCAGUUUGAGGGCCUUAAGUGAACAAUAACAGGGGGCCCCCUGCAGUGGUUGUAUUAAUCAUUUUUAGCAGAUUUUUCUGAAAAAGAAACAAAAAUACAUAAAAUGAUGGAACAAAAGUUAAUUUUUUUCUCCUUUUUGGUCCCGUUUGUUACAAUAGAGCAUUAAGGCCACCAUGAAAGAAAAAAAUGUAUAUAAGUAAAAAGUUGGAAAAUUAUGAGGAAAAAGUCAGCAUUUGACAAGAAUAAAAUAAUAUAUUUAUGAUGUUAAAAGAUUUAAUUUUACACGUAAAGUUUCAAGUUGUAAUUUAUUAAAAAUAAAGUUGUAUAUUAGAAAAAUUUAAAUCAAAUUCAGCAGCUUCAUUUAGAUUCUUGAGUAGUGUGAUGUCCAUCUCAUUUCUCUCAAUUAUCUGUUAAAUACUUUAAAUAUACAAUAUAAAUAUGCGAUACAG